UUUAAAAGCCGCGUGCGGCCGCUGGCCGGGCGCCGCCGAGCCGAGCCGAGCCGAGCCGAGCCGAGCCGAGCCGAGCCGAGCCGAGCCGAGCCGAGCCGAGCCGAGCCGAGCCGAGCCGAGCCGAGCCGAGCCGAGCCGAGCCGGCCGCGGGGCCGCCCCCCCCAUGCGCCUGCCGGGCAUGUCGCAGCCCUUCCUGCUGGCGCCCAUCGCGGAGUGCGCGCCGGGGCCGCCGGGCGCCGAGCUCCGCCUGGCCGUGCUGGGCGCCCGCGGCGUCGGCAAGAGCGCGCUGAUCGUGCGGUUCCUGACCAAGCGGUUCAUCGGCGACUACGAGCCCAACACAGGGAACCUCUACUGCCGGCUGGUUCACCUCGAGGGAGAGCAGGUCGCCGUGCAGAUCCAGGACACGCCGGGCUGCGGCCAGGUGCAAGAAGACCCUGUGCAGGUGCUGGAUGCUCUGUCUAGAUGCGCGAGGUGGGCAGAAGGCUUCCUCUUGGUCUACUCCAUCACUGACUACAGUAGCUACGAAUCAAUUCAGCCUCUCUAUCAGCACAUCCGCAAGGUCCACCCAGAUGCCAGGACUCCCAUCAUUAUUGUGGGAAACAAAGCAGACCUUCUCCAUGCCAGGCAAGUACAGACAAAAGACGGACUACAGCUGGCAAAUGAACUGGGCAGCCUGUUUUUAGAAAUUUCCACGAGUGAGAGCUCCCACGGUGUCUGCGAUGUUUUCCAGUACCUUUGCAAGGAGGUCAGCAAACUACACCACAGCAGCAGCACAGACAAGAGACGGUCAUCCAUCAUCCCUCGGCCCAAAUCUCCCAACAUGCAAGAUCUAAAAAGACGUUUCAAACAGGCUUUAUCUUCCAAAGUCAAAUAAACCCCACUGAUGAGAUCAAAUGUGACUGAAUAUACUUUUUAUUUUUGUAAACUAGUUAAUAAAAAUCUUUAUUUUUGUACUAAUGCCAGCGAUGUGGAAGUACGUAUGUUGAAGCUUGCAAUUCUUUUGCCAUUCUCCUUUGUUUGAUUGCUGCUUUUUCUUUGCUUUUUUUUUUCAAAGUAAAAAAAAAGAAUGCUGCAUAGCAACCACGUAAAAAUCUCUGGUGGCCGGAGAAGGGGAGUUUUGCUAUGAGGCUUUGAUUCUGUUUCUAUUUUGGUCUGGGAUCUGCUGUUUUAGUUUGCUCAAAUUACUUUUGUUCUUGCGCCUGUUUCCUGCUUGUAAAAUUGGGAUGAUGAUGAUGUAACACUUACCUGCCUUUAUAAAAUACUUGGAAAAGCCUUAGGUGGAAAGCUUUAUAUGGAAGGAAAAAAAGCAUUAUUAAACAUGAAAAAAUGAAA